ACUAAGCCCAGGUUAAAGCAGCACUAUGAUUGGAGCACAGCUGCAACAAGUUCUCAAGUAAAACACGACCCUGCCUUUUAAUCAAAGCAAUGGCUACAGUACUGUACAACAUCUUUAUCUGGUCCUGAAAGCAUCCCGCAGCAUUUCAGAGGACUGCAGAAAGCAACAUGCUCCUCCCAUUCAAACCAGAGAGGGAUUAUCAAUGAGAUCUGGGUUGCUGCUUAGUAACAGAGAGCUCUAGGAUACUCCGAAAAGAGACAACAGCUGGGCUAGCAUUUUACAAAAGCAAUUGCAGCAGUACCAUGCAUCCAGCUAGAGUGGAGCCCAUUAAUGGAGCCAGAGAUGCUCUGCAUUGCAAGGGACCGUUUUCUCCACACAGCCAGUAGUGGGGAGCAGACGCAGCUCCUGUGCUGGGCUCAUCGGAUGCACAUCUAAACGAAGCCCAGGUUAAAGCAACACUGUGACUGGAGCACGGCUGCCACAAGUUCUCAAGAAUGGCAGAGGAAGUGAAUAUCAGGGGGCAUGUGGAUGUUCUGUACAUUUCAAUUGAAACUGGGAUCGCGCUGGCAUCAGUCUUGGGUAAUAUCCUGGUGGUCCUGGUGGUGAGAAUAAACCGUGCUCUGAGGGAUACAACCUUCUGCUUUAUGGUCUCCCUGGCUCUGGCUGAUAUCGCUGUAGGUGUCCUGGUCAUACCUCUAGCCAUCAUCAUCAGCCUUGGAUUAAAAACUCAAUUCUACACCUGCUUGUUCUUCUCUUGCCUGCUUCUGAUCAUCACACAGAGCUCAAUCCUGUCUCUGCUGGCUAUAGCAAUAGACAGGUACCUGAGAGUUAAGAUCCCAAUAAGGUACAGCACAAUAGUCACCCAGCAAAGAGCCUGGAGAGCUGUCUGCCUCUGCUGGGCUUUGUCAGCCGUUACUGGACUGGUUCCCAUUUUCGGAUGGCACAACCGAGAAAAGGUGGGCGUGGACGGAAGGAAUGCCACGUCCGGGAGCAUCGUGUGCCGGUUCACCACCGUCAUGAGGAUGGAUUACAUGGUGUACUUUAACUUCUUCGGCUGGGUUGUCCUGCCCUUGACGAUCAUGAUCGGGCUGUACGCCGAAAUCUUUUACGUGAUCCGGAAACAGCUGAACAAGCGGGCAGAGGCGUCCAGCGACUCCAGCAGCAAAUACUAUGGCAAGGAACUCAAGCUGGCCAAGUCCUUAGCCCUGGUGCUCUUUCUCUUCACUGUCUGCUGGCUGCCCCUGCACAUCAUGAACUGUGUUCAUUAUUUCUGCCCCACAUGUCACGUGCCUAAGGCUGCCAUGUAUAUCGGCAUAUUCAUGUCCCACGCCAAUUCGGCUGUCAAUCCACUCGUGUAUGCUUUCAGAAUAAACCGCUUUCGAAGAACACUGCUUCAGAUCUGGAGAAGGCUUCUUUGUAAAAGCACUGACCCAAGCCUGUGCAAUGUUAGCCCACCGGCUGUUGCAGAGAAGAAACUGGACCAAUGAUUACACUAUGUAACACAAUUUUUGUUCCUGGGUAGUAA